AUGGCUGCAAGAAUUGGAAUUGGUUUGGAAGAAAAUGAGAGUCUUAAACAACAACAUAAAGUCCUUCAAGAAGAAAAUCGAGAAACUUUACGUAUUAAUUCUGAAUUGAAAGAAGAACUUCAAGAAAAAGAUAAGCAAUCGGAAAAGCUUCAAAAAAAAGUUCUAAAUUUGGAAA